AUGUCGGGGCGCUCCUUGGCCCACCGCCCGGCCUCCCCGCUCGCCUCCGCGGCGCGGCGGUUGCCCAGAUUCGCGCAUGCGCGCGUGACCCGCGUCACCUGCGCCUCCUCCAAGCCCCAGAAGGUCGUCCUUGCCUAUUCCGGUGGCCUAGACACGUCCGUGAUUCUGAAAUGGCUGGAGGUGGCGUACGGAUGCGAGGUGGUCACGUUCACGGCCGACCUCGGCCAGGGAGAAGAGCUGGAGCCGGCCAGGAGCAAGGCAGCAGCGAUGGGCGUGCGGGAGAUAUUCAUCGAGGACCUUAGGGAGGAGUUCGUGAGGGAUUAUGUGUUCCCCAUGUUCAGGGCCAACGCGCUGUACGAGGGCGUGUACCUCCUGGGCACGUCGAUCGCGCGGCCACUGAUCGCAAAGCGCCAGGUGGAGAUCGCACGAGAUGUGGGCGCGGACGCGGUGUGCCACGGGGCCACGGGCAAGGGCAACGACCAGGUCCGCUUCGAGGUUGCCUAUUAUGCCCUGCAAUCCAACAUUAAGGUGAUUGCUCCAUGGCGAGAGUGGGACCUCACAAGCCGAAGCAAGCUCAUCGAAUUUGCUGAGGCCAAUAACAUACCAGUGCCAGAGAGCAAGCGAGGAGAGCCGCCCUACUCUAUGGAUGCCAACCUGCUGCACAUAUCUUAUGAAGGGAAUGCCCUGGAAGACCCUUGGGUGGAGCCCUCAGAGGAGAUGUUCCAAAGGACAGUGUCGCCAGAGUCUGCGCCUGAUAAGCCCACCUACAUGGAGAUCGAAUUUCGCAAAGGUGACCCAGUGGCCAUCGAUGGCAACAAGUUGUCGCCAGCUGCUAUUCUGGAGGCUUUGAACACUGCAGCUGGUGAAAACGGCAUUGGACGAGUGGACAUCGUGGAGAGCCGGUUUGUGGGUAUGAAGUCACGGGGCGUGUAUGAGACUCCUGGGGGGACCAUCCUGCUGACAGCCAGGAGGGCUAUGGAGAGCAUCACGCUGGACCGUGGGGAAAUGCACCUCAAGGAUGAGCUCAUGCCCAAGUAUGCAGAGCUGUUGUACAACGGCUUCUGGUUCUCCCCAGAGAGGGAGGCGCUGCAGGCGGCCAUCGAUGCGACCCAGGAGUAUGUGAGUGGCUUGGUGCGCCUUAAGCUGUACAAAGGGAGUGUGACAGUGGUCGGACGUAAGAGCCCGCACAGCUUGUACGACCAGAAGUUGUCAUCCUUCGAGGAUGAUGAGGGGCUGUACAACCAGGAGGAUGCAGGUGGCUUCAUAAAGCUGCAGGCGCUUAGGCUGCGCACCCUUGCAACCAACCGGCUGGAUGGCACACACUGA